AGAAGAUGAGCGGUUUCACUCUAAGAAAGCGGCCUCGUGUAUGCUACUACGAGCCAGAGGAACCACCCUUUGAUGAAUUCAUUUCCUGGAUAUAUUGUUACAGACUGUUCUGAGUGCCGGGACUAUGUGUAUGAGUACUGCGCAAUACAUGGUCCGUUACUUGUUAUACCUGAUGACAAGGGGCGGGAAUAGGCGUGUUCAGCACGCUGACGCUGCCCAGCGGCGUGCGCUUCGGGCCCUACCGCGGCCGCCGCCUCAAGACCGCCGUCGACUCCGGGUACGAGUGGCAGAUGUACGACCGCAACAACAAGCCGAGUCACGUGGUGGACGCGAGCGACGCCAACAACUCCAACUGGAUGCGCUACGUCAACUGCGCGCGGCGCUACUCCGAGCAGAACCUCGUCGCCUUCCAGUACCAGGGCGAGCUCUACUACAGGACUGUGAAGAUCGUGCCGCGCUUCACGGAGCUGCUGGUGUUCUAUGGCAGCGAGUUCGCCAACCGGCUCGGCGUCGAUCUGCGCCGCUACUCCAAGCCCUGCGACUGCGAACACUGUCAACCUCCACUACGUGAAGAAGCUAAAAAUGAAGUUGAUAAAAUAGGGAAAGAAAAAACUUCAAAUGAAAAGAAACAAGCAACAGAAAUUAAAGAUAGUUCAGGUCAAACUAAACUUGUCACCAUAAAUGAAUCUGUGAAGACAAAUACACGUAAAGCGCGUAACAAAAAGAAGGAAAAGAGAGGUCUACAAGAACCUUCUUCAUUCCCUGAAGUAGAUUUACCAAAGAACGUGGAUGUACAAGAUAUUCCUACUAGAAAACCUGUUGAUACAUCUUAUAACAACACCGCCUCGAAUGAGAAUUAUUACAAAUGUGACCAUUGUGGCCAAGCAUUCGAUAUUAAGACAAACUUAGGAAAACACAUACACUCGCACAUUGCAUUGAAAAAGGCCAACAUUGGAAAUGGUUGCAGUGUAACCUCAAAAAAGGAAUUCAAGUGUAAAAAAUGUAGUUCCAUAUUUGAUACUCGACUGCUUCUAUUGCAGCAUGCGAAGAGCCGUCAUGAUGUGGAGUACUUCACUUGCUCUGAAUGUCAGUAUGCAACUAGUGAGAAAGAAAAAUUACGGACACAUCUGAGAAUACACACUGGAGAAAGACCGUUCAAAUGUGAUCAGUGUAGCGCCGCCUUUACCCAAAGCGGUAGUUUACAAAGCCACAAGAGAACACACACUGGAGAAAGACCGUUCAAAUGUGAUCAGUGUAGCGCCGCCUUUACCCAAAGCGGUAGUUUACAAAGCCACAAGAGAACACACACUGGAGAAAGACCGUUCAAAUGUGAUCAGUGUAGCGCCGCUUUUAGCAUAAGCGGUAGUUUACAAAGGCACAAGAGAACACACACUGGAGAAAGACCGUUCAAAUGUGAUCAGUGUAGCGCCGCCUUUACCGAAAGCGGUAGUUUACAAAAACACAAAAGAACACACACUGGAGAAAGACCGUUCAAAUGUGAUCAGUGUAGCGCCGCUUUUAGCAUAAGCGGUAGUUUACAAAGGCACAAGAGAACACACACUGGAGAAAGACCGUUCAAAUGUGAUCAGUGUAGCGCCGCCUUUACCGAAAGCGGUAGUUUACAAAAACACAAGAGAACACACACUGGAGAAAGACCGUUCAAAUGUGAUCAGUGUAGCGCCGCCUUUACCGAAAGCGGUAGACUAAAAAAACACAAGAGAAUACACACUGGAGAAUUCAAAUGUGAUCAGUGUAGCGCCGUCUUUACCGUAAGCAGUCAUUUACAAAGCCACAAGAGAACACACACUGGAGAAAGACCGUUCAAAUGUGAUCAGUGUAGCGCCGCCUUUACCGAAAGCGGUAGUUUACAAAAACACAAGAGAACACACACUGGAGAAAGACCGUUCAAAUGUGAUCAGUGUAGCGCCGCCUUUACCGAAAGCGGUAGAUUAAAAAAACACAAGAGAAUACACACUGGAGAAUUCAAAUGUGAUCAGUGUAGCGCCGUCUUUACCGUAAGCAGUCAUUUACAAAGCCACAAGAGAACACACACUGGAGAAAGACCGUUCAAAUGUGAUCAGUGUAGCGCCGCCUUUACCCAAAGCGGUAAUUUACAGAGACACAAGAGAACACACACUGGAGAACGACCGUUCAAAUGUGAUCAGUGUAGCGCCGCCUUUACCCAAAGCAGUUCUUUUAAAAAUCACAAGAGAACACACACAGGUGGCAAACCUUUCGAGUGCAACAUCUGUGACUACAGGACCACUACGUCAAGUGAACUAAAUCGUCACCUAAUGGCGCGGCAUUCGGGCCAGAAGCCGUACAGCUGCGACGUGUGGAGGUACAGGGGUGCUACUAGAAUGCACUUAACAAAUCAUAUGAAAACCCACCCUACAACGGUGUAAUUUUGCUGUAUACAUUUGUUUAGAAUGAAUGACUUUAAAAGUAUCAGUUACUUCUGAAACAGUGACAUAUUAAACGCUUUGUUUUUAGGAU